AUGGGGGGUCCACAGCUGCUCAGCCAUCUGCCAGAUCCAGAAUGCAAAGUGCAACCUCCCCUCUCACAGUCAGACUUCAUGAAGUGGGGAAAGCAGCCCAUAUGGAGCGGGGGCACCUACUGGGACAACUGGCAUGAGGUCAAAGGAGCCGCUGGGGCGCUCGACGACCCGUCAGACGAGGGAGUCAUUAAUCUGCGACUGUGGAGAGAAAGGCUGGAUGAGGGCCUUCCCGGAGAGUACUUUGCUGUAAAGGAGCAGAAACUGUUUGGUUGGGAUCAGCACACAGUAGAUGGCUAUUCGCUAAGGUCAAUGACACCCGAGGAGAAAGAGGAGGAGCAUCAUAUGGACUGGCACUUGUGCUGGAAGGGAGGGAAGGUGCAGCGAGUGCCCACAACUGACUCAAUGAGGGCUUUCUACGACAACCGGAAAGCCAUAAGCGAUGUGAUUCACAAGAACUUCAAGGCCUUCAAAGAUCUGACUAUUCAUCGCGAACAGUUGGGAGACCUCGUUCCCGAACUUUGGAACCGUUGGGACUACGACCUGAUUGCGAAGCGGUGCUACGAGAAGCACGGCAUUGAUAUCUACGAUCCGAAGAUAGAAUUCUCAGACAUAUUGUUGCCACUGUCAGGCAAUACUGUCGUUGGUGGUAGGGAUAUUGAUGCUGCCCCCAGCAACAACAAUGUUGCCUAA